UGUAUGGGGGGGGGUGGCGGCUUUGCGCGCGUUGAGGGAGCGCUAAGGUGCUUCGGAGGGAGAGAAAGUUGCCCGCGAGCGGGAUAAGAAGGAGGACCAGGAGGCGUUGUUGCAAGCCAGCCAGCCAGCGCAGGAACUUGCCCCUUGCUUGCUGGUGCCUCCUCGCCCGGAGAAAAGGGCAGGGGGAGGAGAGCGCGUGGCUGGUGCGCCCGGGAGCCCGACAACUCCGAGCCGCCAGAGGGAUGUGGAGCCUUAUGAGGAGGAGGCGGAGGAGAGUCGCCGCUGCAGCCGCUGAUGCUUCGCAAGCCGCUGGCGAGGGAAGGAAGGGGGCUCUCAAACUUUCCAGCGGGAUGCUGCGUGGAGCUGCGCUGCUGCGGCUGCUGCUGCUAUCCUGAUCGCUCUCUGUCCUGAAGCGGCGCUUGCCUGGGGUUUUUCAAGGGCACUUUCGGCUCCUACCUCCGCCCGCCACCGCUGUGGUAGGCAGCUGCUGGAUGCUACUGCUGCUGCAACUGCUUCUCUAUCGCCGGCGGUGCUAUCUUGCCUGGAUAUUAUAAUAUUUUUGGCCUCUGGCGCCGGGCCUGCCGUGGGGGCGACGACGGGCUCCUGAGCCUGAGCAGAGCUCGCGAAGCCACCCAAAACUCGCCACCUGCUGCUGUCGAGGAGGCUUUGCCUUGCUGCGCACCGGCCCGCUCGCCGACCCCCCCCCCCCCCGUCCUGCGACUCCCUGUUGAUGCGCACCCGGCUCUUCGCCGUGGGGAUGGAGCCCUCCUCGGGGACCCCCCGCAAGUGAGCCCCGCUCGCGAAGGCGCGGAGGGGUGGGGGAGAGAAGGAGGCUGCCUCCUCUUGACCCGCAGGACCUCCCGAUCCCGUGCAGCGAGCCCCAGGGUCGCCAUGGGGCUGGAAGUGCAGCCGAGCGGCCCGCCGAAGGCGCCCCUCUCCACGCUGAGGAAAGUUCGCAAGAGGCGGGAGAUGCUCCUGCAGCAGGUCGGCUUCAUCUGCGCGAUCCUAUUCUUCGUCUGGGGCAUGUCCACCCUGCUGUCUAAGCUAGGACAAGAAUCAACUAUUGUCGACAGAAAUAUCCUGUCAGAGUUAUGGAGGAAUAGAAGAUUGAUGGCAUCAAAUAAUGAGUCACAUGAAGAAACGAACUGCACAAAGCCAGCAAUUCACGAAUUUCCUGAUGAUCUAUUCACAAAUAAGGAAAGGCAGAAAGGAGCAGUAUUGCUACAUAUUAUUGGUGCUCUGUAUAUGUUCUAUGCCUUGGCUAUUGUGUGUGAUGAUUUCUUUGUUCCAUCUUUAGAAAAGAUAUGUGAGAAACUACAUCUGAGUGAAGAUGUUGCAGGAGCCACAUUUAUGGCUGCAGGAAGCUCAACCCCAGAGUUAUUUGCAUCUGUCAUAGGUGUGUUUAUCACUCACGGUGAUGUAGGAGUUGGAACCAUUGUUGGUUCAGCCGUUUUCAAUAUUCUUUGCAUUAUUGGGGUCUGUGGACUUUUUGCUGGACAGGUGGUCCGUCUCACCUGGUGGUCUGUGUUCAGGGACUCUGUCUACUAUACCCUUUCUGUGGUCGUGCUUAUCGCGUUUAUCUAUGAUGAGAAAAUUGUAUGGUGGGAAAGUCUUGUGCUCAUCAUUAUGUAUUCGUUCUAUAUACUUAUCAUGAAGUACAAUGUGAGGAUGCAGAAGUUCUUUACUAUCAAAAGCAUGAAUGUUGGCAAUGGCAACACUGUCAACAGCGAACUGGAAGAUGGUAAUGAAUCUUUUGACAUUAGCUGUGAUGACCCUUCAUUGCCAUUGCUGUGGAAAGUGAAGGGAACGCAACAGUAUGGCCGAAACUCCGUUGUGAUGGUCGAUGAGAUCAUUUGUUCCAGUCCUCCAAAAUAUCGUUUCCCUGAAGCUGGCUUGCGAAUAAUGAUUACAAACAAAUUUGGGCCGAGAACCAGGCUACGGAUGGCAAGCAGGAUUAUUAUUAAUGAGCGCCAGCGACUAAUUCAUGCUGCCAAUGGCAAGCUGAUCCAGAAUGGGAAGCAUGAGAAUAUCGAAAACGGGGCCAUCCAUGUUGAUAACCAAGAAGAGGUGCAUGAACAUAUCAACCUGUCUCCGUUUUCACCACCAGAAGGAAAAAUGGACAAAGUCAAGUGGCUUCUGACCUGGCCACUGAUAAUCCUCCUCUUUUUCACCAUCCCAAACUGCAGCAAACCACGAUGGGAGAAGUUUUUCAUGCUGACGUUUCUCUUAUCCACCCUGUGGAUUGCUGUGUUUUCCUACUUUAUGGUGUGGCUGGUUACGGUGAUUGGUUACACUCUGGGGAUCCCUGAUGUUAUCAUGGGCAUUACCUUCCUAGCUGCAGGAACCAGUGUACCAGACUGUAUGGCCAGUUUAAUAGUAGCAAGACAAGGCUUAGGUGACAUGGCAGUUUCCAAUACAAUUGGCAGCAAUGUGUUUGACAUUCUGGUGGGCCUCGGAGUGCCAUGGGGCUUGCAGACGAUGGUGGUUAAUUACGGCUCAUUUGUCAAGAUAAACAGCAAAGGUCUAGUCUAUUCUGUCGUCCUUCUCCUGGGAUCUGUAGCUCUUACUGUUGGCGGGAUCCAUAUAAACAAAUGGAAACUUGACAAGAAACUGGGCAUCUACGUGCUCGUUCUUUACGCCGUUUUCUUGUGCUUCUCGAUACUGAUAGAGUUUAACGUCUUCACUUUUGUCAACUUUCCAAUGUGCCGAGAAGAUGACUGAAAGAAACCGCCGUCAGAUGUCAUCUAUAUCAUUGUGCUAUAAAUGACAGGAGACAUUUUACAUUUCUACCUGCUUCUUAUCCAAAAUCUCAGUGUCUUUCCUGCUUCAUCACCUUACAGGCACUUUUCCUCUACUUGGAAGGAAAGCAGAUGCUUCUUGGAAUAACAAGCUCAAGGCAACCAAAGCAUUUCCCUCUUGCUCCUCUUGGCUGUGGAUCUCAAGCAAAACUUGCAAAAGCCCAGUGGUAUCCUGUUUCAGGCUCAUUUAGGCAGUCAACCAUCCAUCAACAUUCAUAUGAAGCUUGUUGCGGGCUAUGGCGGGGGGGGGGCAUACCUUCCUUUGGCUUUCCAAAUAAGAGGAAAGAGAAAGGGUCAAGAUUUUAUCUUGGGUCCUUGCAAGCAUCUUGGCCAUGGCCUCUAAUGAACUUACUAUGGCAUGCACUACUAAGGACCUCCUAUUCCCACCCACCCCUUUCAAGUGCUCUGUUUAUAGAGAACUUUCACUGACGCUGAGGAGUCAUUGGUGGUGUUCAGUAGUACUUUGUCACCCUGUUUUUACUUUUUUAUUUUAUUUUUUAAAAGGAAGGUGCGAAAGGUGCAGCAACAGUAAGAGAAGGAAAAAGGAUAAUACAGCACUACUGAUGAUGUACUCUGAAAAUCAUGGAACCUAAAAUGGGGCUGUCCAUACUUGAAAAUAGCAACAACACAUUGUUCUGCAAUCAGUGAGGAACAAUUGCAAAUAUCAAACUUGACUAUACAUGGAAUAUUAAGCUUACAAGUCAAAAUGUUGUGCCAGCACCAGUAACCACAACCCCUAAUUUUAGAGGAAAACUGAAAACUUAAAUCCUGGGUGCUUAGUCACUAAUUGUGAAGGUAAUCACCUGAGGAAGAAGAAGAAGAAAGUCAGUCUAAUCCACAUGCCUUCCAGGUCUUCAUAGGUGCACUGUGGAUUUAGAGGUCUUUCACAUAUUCGUAAUAGAUGUAGCUGUUCUAAAAGUUGUUGCACAACCCCUGGUUUGUUGUUGUUCUGCUGUGGGGGCUCAUCUCCACCAUCCUGAAGGUGAACUGAAGUUUCAGCUGCGUCUCUUUAAGUGCCCAGUGGAAAUGGCUGUGCAAUCGCUUUGCCACAUGCUCAAGCAUUUCUUUUUCAAACAGGCUCGUGUUUUAGCAAAAGGCUUUGGGGGGGGGGGAACUGGGCAGUAGGAUCACAGUAAAAGAGCUGUUAGCCUGCUUAAAAAAACUGGGACCUGAGCACACAGUGAAAUAAUUGUGGGGCACUGCAUGGUGUGCGCAGGUAUACAUUAUUUAUUUAUUCAUGCCCUGCACAUUUGAACACACUUUUGGGCACAGCCUGUGCCUGCUUUGUUAGCACUGUGAUCGUUAUCGGCUAAGAGUGGCAAGACUAAUUGAUGCCCCGUAUCUGCUAAGUUUGGCAAGCAGCACCACAGUCCCAGUCCAGUGAAAAAACUGAGAAACUUUGGGGGGGGGUGAUAUCAAUUGAGAACCCUUAAAUCCAAGCACAUGGGCAGUUUCAUGGAGGAAGGCAAGGGUCCCAGCUAUUUACCUGCUUAAUUGCUUUGCUGCCAUAUACUGCUCAGCACUUUGCAGACUAAAUUCUCUCUCACCAAGGCUGUAUCUGCACCAUACCUUUUAAACACUCUUAUGGCACUUUAACAGCAUGACUUUCCCCCUCCCAAUUUUUUGGGGGGGAACUGUAGCUUGUUAAGAGUCUUGAGAGUUGUGUUGAAGCCCCUAUUCUUCACAAAGGGUUGCAAUUCCCAGAGUUCCCCGGGCAGUGAGAUGCAGUGGUGGAGGAAGGUGGGUGCGGUGGGGGUGGGUCUCCCUGUGUGUCACCACUGAGGGGGUGACAAAAUGCCAGGCAGCACUCACCGCAGGGCCUGCAGUGCGCUCGAGCCAUGUGUCGCUCCUGGGAGAGACGUGGUGGCUUGGGCACGCACAGGCUCUGCUCUGCCGAAAUGGUCUGCCCACUGCCUCCCUCCAGCUGUAGGGCAGCUGAGUGGGAGGAGGCAGGCAGACUCCGGAGGCCCCAUGGUGCACCCCGCCCCUAUGGGCUUCUCACGCCGCCCCUAGGCGCGCUGCCCCAAGCACCCAAGCGGCUUCCUCCACUGCUGGUGAGAUGAACUAUUAAACUACCCUGGGAAUUGUAGCUCUAUGAAGGGAACAUAGGGCUUCUAACAACUCUCAGCACCCUUAGAAAAAGAGUUCCCUGAAUUCUUUAGGGGAAGGUGUGACUGUUUAAAGUAGUACAAUAGUACUUUAAAUGUAUGCUGCCAAUAUGGCCCAAGUGCACUCUGAGAAUUUAUAUUAGCUUAAUCUGCAUCCCAGAUGUGUUUAUUUAUUUGUCUGUUUGUCUGUCUGUUUGUUUGUUUUGCAAAUCAUGACUGACUUGGGAGUGGAGUUAAGAAUCAUAGCCCCCUAGAGCCACAAUCUGAUUUCCAUUUCUCACCAGCAUAUAUCACAAAUAAAAUAAGUGUAAGGUUGUUGGGUUUUUGUUUUUUAUAGGAGGGGAUGUGACCAAGAGUAGAAUACCUCUUUCAUCCUGUUUUUGCUCUUCGUGUAUAAGCAAGGAGAUGCGCAUCUCCAGCAUGUUGAGGUGCACUACUUGUACCCACAUCUAGAGCUUGUGUCUAGAUUGUGUAAGGGAAACACAAAAGGCCCCACCCUUAGACCUUUAAGGAGAAGCAUAAAACACAAAGCGCAUAGGAACGUGGGAAGCUGUCUUAUACUGAGUCAGGCCAUUGCUCCAUCUAGCUCAGUGUUGUCUACCCCAGGCAUAGGCAAACUCAGCCCACCAACAGUUUUUGGACUACAACUCCCAUGAUCCCAAGCUAACAGGACCAGUGGUCAGAGAUUAUGGGAAUUGUAGUCCCAAAACAUCUGGAGGGCCGAGUUUGCCUAUGCCUGGUCUACACUGACUGGCAGCAGCUCUCCAGGAUUUCACACAGGGAUCUCUCCCAGCUCUUCCCAGAGCUGCCAGGGGGGUUGAACCUGGGACCUUAUGCAUGUAACACAGGUGCUCUGCUACUGAGCCACAGCACUUCCUGAUUACAUCUGGGGUGGUUCACCUUGGCUACAUGGAAUGCUGAAACGUUGAUUCCACCAAGAUUUGCCAAAAAACAUUUAAUAUUUUAAUUACCACUCCUUGGCUCCAAAAUAAUGUAAAGUUAUGCUGAUAAAUGCAGUUUCUACAGAAGCACAAGUUAUCUUUAUAAAUAGCUUUUUAUUUUUUUAAUCUACAUUGCUAAAUAAAAUAUAUUGGAUAGCUAAAAGAUUUUGUGAAUUAAGGAAAAAAAAUUAAAUAUAUUUUUGCAUGCUCAGCUAUUUGGCAGAAUUCCUGCACUUAUUGUAUCAAUGACAGAAUACUAUAUACCCCAUGGCAGGAGGCAAGCAGGGCUUCUCGCAAGGGACUUUUAAACUGCUUGAAUUAUUACACACAGAUCUUUGGUGAUGCCACUAACCCUCCUGCUGUCUAUCAUUCUCACUGUUCACAACUCGUCGUUUUGCACUGUAAAGGUCCACACAACCACCCCCACUAAAUAGGGUAUUCUUUUCCCUUUCACCCAUCCAUUUUAGCCCAUGCUGGCCCAAUUCAUAAUGACCUUAGAGGAACUUCUGGAAAGGAAGGAAAGAAAAAAAUUAUGCAUUAAAAGCCUGGCCUCAAAUUUCAGUGUACAACUCCAUGGGAAAUUAGAAUAGUGUGUUCCACAUAGGGAAGGGUUUCUGCUCACGGGAAGCAUUUUGAAAUGCAUCAAGAUUGCAAUGCAGAUUUAAAUCUCCCCUCUUCCAUUUCCCUCUAGUUCUCCUGGGCAUGUUUCAUCACCUGGUGUACAUCAGGUGUGAGUGAACCAUCAGGGAUGGAACUUCCAUAAUGCUUCUCCUUAGACACAAGAUUUCUCAAGGCAAUUGAAUCUCACAGGGCUGUUUCACACAUUACAUAGAGGCAAGCCUGGGUUUGCCAAAGUGUUGUACACUCAGCAGAGUCCUGGCCCUCUGCUGAGCGUAUGAUAAAAAAAACAUAUUUGCAUACAUGUAGCUUGUAUAGUAUCCUAAAUGUGUUUCCGUCAUUCACAGGUGAUUUUCAGUUGGUCCCCUAAAAAUGUGUGAGGUGGCUCAGCAUCCAAGCGUUCAGUUAUCAGAUUACGGGCAUGCAUAUCUGAAUCAGCCCACAUCCAUACAAGCAGCAGGGGGAAGCUUAAAGGCACUGCUAGAGUCGGUUGUGGAAAAGUCUGCUGUAGGCUGUCUCCUGCAUGCAUGAAUCACUCAAAUUGCACAGAACUGCUGAUCCCUUUCAAUGCAAAUAUGUGCACAGGAAAUUCAUUAUACUGGGAAGUGUGCUGUAAAUAGGAAUUAUUAUUUUCAAACACAUCACUUCAUUUUUAAUUGGUAUGAGGAAUUCAUUGCUCAUUUUGAACCUUAGUUUUAUGCAAAGGGAGAAACGUACUACUUAAUCUUCUUUUGUCUUUCAUGAUGACUAUCAGUAUUUACCUAAGCUGGCAAGCGUAUCCCAAGAAUCAGCUUCAACUGCCCCUAGUGCAGGAGUUUGCGUCAGAAAAGUUGAAACUGCCUGUACCCUAUACUUGGCACAUGAGUGUGUGUGGGUAGAGAUGCCAUACUCCGCCCCAUAUACCUGGGGGGCGUAGGUACAGGCAAAUGUUUGUGUGUUCCUUUUCUGCCUCUAGAGCAGGGUUUCCCAAACUUGGGUCUCCAGCUGUUUUUUUUGACUACAGUUCCCAUCAUCCCUGGCCACUGGUCCUGCUAGCUAAGGAUGAUGGGAGUUGUAGUCCAAAAACCGCCAGAGACCCAAGUUUGGGAAACCCUGCUCUAGAGCCAAUGAACAGCCCUUUACAUGCUGCUUAAGGUUGCUACUUGCCCUCCUCUGCCCUUGUACCCCAGCCCAAUCCGACCAUGGCAAAGAAUAAGUGGAAGAGCAUCAUUGAAUCUGCAAUGAUUGCCACUGCAUCUAUUAAGCUGGGAUGGUGUUCUUGUGCUAGAGCAAGGGAACAAGAUGUCCCCGCAAGCUGACAGUAGGCUCAUGCUGCUGCCUAACUGUGGACACUUAUCGGAUGAGGCUUUUAAGUCUCUGAUUGGAUUAGCCCUUCCAAAGGAUACCAACAGGAUAAGAAAGGUUUGCUUAUAUGUCAGGUAGGCGUGAUUUGUAUAGUACAACCUUGAAGCAUUCAGGUGUCUUUGAGUUAUGGCAUCAGGGGGAACAUCUGUAUAAUACAUAAGCCAGAGUACAUGCUAAAAGCACUUUCUUCACAUUCUAGGAAUGCCAUAAUCUAAGGUAAGGCCCAGAAGUAAAGACAAAUGAUACAGGAAGAGGCAUUGUGUUCUUGUACUGUUCCCUCAUCACCCCUGAAAAGGAAUGGUCUAUAUAUGCAUAAAUUUCCUUCCUAUUUGCUUAUGGGCACAAUAAACAAAAACUCCAGCCACAGGUCUCAUUUCCUGGCAGACUGGAAAUUGCCUGCACUUUAAAGGAGUCUGCAUUUGGAUUCCAAAACCCGACAACCCCCAGAUCCUGAAUUUUGUUCAGUUUGUUAUUUUUAUUGCUGGUUAUUUUCUGACAGAAUGAUACUUAUACUCUCACCCUGAUAAAAGGUUUAUUAUAUGUGGUAUUUGAUUACACUGCAUUAUAUUUGAGUACACACACACAAAUACAUGAUCUGACAAAAAUGCAUAUAGGAUGGCAAUGGUUAUUUAUGUUGAAGAGUCCCAUAAUAUAGUAAAUCCAUAUGCAAAGCCCAUAGAAUCAAAACCAUGCAAACAUAGUGAGUCUCCUGUCUCCCAAGAUC